AAAGUGAUGUGUCGGCCUUCACUUACCAGCCUCUGCUCUGAAGCCUCUGACCCUGCAGACAGGUGGACGAGGGAAAAUACAAACCAGAAUCCUAACAAGUUCACAAACCACAUAACAUCCAUGUGUGAAUGUCCCAGACUGAAACCAUACUCUUGGCUUGAUUAUCUCGGCUGUGGAGAGCGGAGUGAAGAUGUAGCCCGCAGAGUUGUUUUUGUUAUCAGAGACUCAGAUGAGGAGAGAAGUGAGUGAUGAACAGAGAUAGAGGGCUGAGAUGACAGCUGUUUGACGGAGGGACAGCAGGAGGAGGUGCACACGAGAAACAUCCAACGUCAAAGACAAGAGGAUGCAACACGCCAGAGAAACACAGCAAGACGUCCCUAUGCUGAGAAUGAGUGAAACUCCAAUAGAGCUUGAGCUAUCAAUCCAUCCACCCACACAGCCAGAGGUUGAGAGGGGGCUCCAGCUGCCACCCCCCACCCAGGAUCCCCCUGAGACCCAGCACCAAACCCAGCUCCAGCCUGAGGUACAGCUGUCAGAGUCCGGCCCCGAGCACCAGCCCCAGGCAGUGUCACUGUGGAUGAAACAUCGAAGGCUGCUCCUCCUCUUGUGGGAAGUUUCCAUAUCUGCGGCCUUGUUGGGAUUAAUCUACUAUAUCCACCAGAAUCAAAAUAGGAGCAGUGAUCAGCCAAGCACUGUGACUCCAUGUCUCUCCCCGGCCUGUCAGUGGGCCUCGGCUCAACUGUCCACGUCCGCUGAUCCUUUCAAGGAGCCGUGCGACUACUUCUUGUUCACAUGUGGAUCUGACAGAAUCACGCAAGACAGUCGGGGGAGACAUAGAGGACAGGGCCUUCCUGGACAUCCUCAGAACCAGAAUGGGAAGUCGGCGUGGCCAGAGAGGAAAGGGGAAAGGUCACUGAGAGAGGAGAAGGUGAUGGACAGGAAAACCAUGCUGCUGCAGUAUCUCAGGGAGAUUUUGGAAUCGAACGACACAGCCGGCAGUUCAGCUGUGCAGAAGACCAAAAGGUUCUUCCAUUCCUGUUUGGACACAAGAUCUAUAGAGACUGCUGGCGUGGAGCCCUUCCUCACACUCAUCCAGAAACUGGGAGGUUGGGCAGUAUCAGGCCAGUGGAAUAAGACUGACUUCAACUCCACCCUGAGCCUGCUGAUGAGAGACUACGCCACCUUUCCAUUCUUCAACCUCUACGUGGGCAAAGACCCUGAAGAAAUGGCCCAUGGGCGGAACAAAAGAUACAUACAGAUCGAUCAGCCUGAUCUGCUGAUCCCGACUGAAUGGAACAGCAAGACGCAGACAUCUCAAACUAAAGCUCAGACAGUACGUCCCUUCAUGGCAACAUGGUUGCGGUACCUGGCUCUGUUGGGGGCCCCUCCCAACAGCGACAUGAUGCAUGUGGGCAUGUUCAUGUCUCUCUCCUCUGAGCUCGCUGUAAGGGCGACGCCUCUGCAGUAUCGCCUCUCAAAAGGACAGCUCCACCAGCGCAUGUCCAUCAAAGAGCUGCAGAUUCAGGCGCCUGCCAUUGAUUGGUUGGGCUGCCUGCGGGCCGCUUUCCAUCCACUGCCCCUCAUCGAAGACGACCACGUCCUUCUGCACAACUUGCCCUACGUGGUGCACAUGUCCCCCAUCAUUGGGAAAUGGCUGAACAAUUAUGAGACGAGCAACAGUGCCCCCCUGCAAACGUACAUGGUCCUGAAUCUGCUGCACACGCUGAUGCCUGCGAUGGACUCCAGAUUCGCUGAGAGAGUGAAGAAUGUAUCUGUGGGUAACGCUGAUGGGACAGCUCCUCGCUGGAGACGCUGUGUGCUGGAGACAGAGCGAGGGUUUGACUCGGUCCUCACUCACCUCCUCAGUGAGAGGACGGCGCACAGAGAGGCAGAGGAGAUGAUUGAGAAUAUCUUUUCCUCCUUCAAGUCCAAAUUACAUAAACUCAAGGGGACGAAUCAGAAGUCUCUGCAGUCUGUUAUGACGAAGGUUCAAUCCUUGAUUCCAAGACUCUGGAUUACAAGUGAGAUCUCUGGAGACGCUGAGCUUGACCUGCUUUUUUCUACGGUGUCGGUGAGCACUCCCAGCUUCUUCUCCAACUAUGUCCAACUUCUGUCCUUGUUGCAAAAGAGGCGCAGACAACUCUUGUCUGAGCCGAGCGAGCCGCCUGAUGUUCUGUCUGUCACACCACUUCUCCUGGGUUCUGAGCUCCUCUUUCCCAUGGGAAUGUUUGUCCCUCCUCACUUCCAUCCAACAUACCCCAGAGCAAUGAAUUAUGGUGUGUUGGGUUUCCUUAUCGCCAAAGACAUCCUCCACAUGCUUCUGCCUGACAUUUACUCUCAGAGUGAGACGGUGCACGCUGUGGGGGAAUGUGUGUGGACUCACUAUCUCACUGUGACAGAAAAGGCGAGCAGAGGUGGAGCCUUUUCUCUGUCGUCAGCGCAGCGGCAGGAGGUGUGGGUGCAGUACUCUGCACUGCAGAUAGCGUUGCAGGCUUAUCACCAGAGUUUACAGAAACGUCCGGGGGACACGUCCAUCUCAGGUCUCUCCCACACUCAUCUGUUCCUCUCAGCUUUCUCUCAGGGUAACUGUGACUUUGACCCCUACCAUGAGUUCAUGCCCCUGGAGCCCUCCUUCUUGAUUAAGGUCAUUUGUGCCAGAUCUCAUCUGUGUCCCACAAGCCUUCAGUGUCCCAGUCAAACCCAGCAACACUCAUUACAAACCUGCUGAAGACACUCCUCUGAAGACUGGUGGGACGUCUUGGUUUAUAUUGCUGAAUAUUCUGAAUAUCAAGUCCGACAAAAUAUUGACGUCCAUGUGGGGCUGUAGAAAUUACACUGUGGAUGUUGGCAAACUGUUUAUCCGCAGAAAGAACCAAAGAAACACUUGCCUCAGUUGUUUUUAAGAUGUGUUUGUGUGUCCUGUCAAUUCCACAAGCUGUUUAGUUGUCAUUUAAAUAAAAAGACACAUGAAAUAAA